AUGGCAUCGGAGGACCGUACCGGAAUGAGCUGGUGUGACAACUGUGGCAAGUGGAAGGCCGACAAAGCCUUCGUCCGGGCCCGUUUCAAGCGCGGCACCAAGCUGUGGGAACGCUACGGCUUCGUCUGGAAGAAGUACAAGACCUGCAACAGGUGCUCCAGAGUGUACUACCGGAAGCCCGAGAUGCCUGUGGCGGAGUUCGUGGGGGCGUAUGGUGCUGAGGAGCACAACGACUCCGAGCCCGACCUCGAUGACGACGACGACAACGAGGAGGUUGAGACGGAGGAAGAGGGCAGCUAG